GCUAAUGCACGGUAUUUAGCUGCACUGUUUGAAAGAAAUUUCUCUGGUGUCUGUUACAAGACAGCUACAUCAAGAACAGCUUGUUAUGUUUGAUUUCUUCUCAAAGAAUCUGAGCAACUGAUGAAUGUUUGUACGUACUAAUGGAUUGAAACAUUGUUCAGAUUGGAUUUUUUGUGUUUUUGAUGUACUUUAAAAACAGUGAUUAAAGCUUAUAAUGGGUGGCUUUUAAUUAAAGCAAGAAAAAUAAUCAGAUGAAAUACUUCAAAUUAAAAUAAAGGAAGUUAACUGGGCUGUAAACUAUAAAAGUCAAAAUGCCAACAAGUAGUCGUGCACCCGGUUUCAUUCGGGUUAAGCUCCUAAAAGCAGAACGUGGAGAGACAAUGGAUACAACAAAUGACGACUUUGAUCCAUAUAUAGCAAUUAAUGUAAAGGAAACUGUUGAUAUACCAGGACGAGGAAUAGAAUUAGUUCAGAGUAAAAAGACUCUUUAUCCUGAUUGGAAUACUUGUUUUGAUGCCCAUCUGUAUGAUGGUCGAGUUAUUAAUAUGGUUGUCAUGGAGAGACCUACACGAUUUUUAGCAGAAAUCAGUAUUGGAGCUAAAGUAUUGGCUGAUAAAUGUGUGAAUGGAAAUGUUACUACUGUUUGGCUUGACUUACGGCCAUCAGGAAGAUUAGAAGUACAAGUUAGAUAUUUUCCAGAGAAGAAGGAACAAGGAAAAGAAUCUCCCAUGAAUUCCAGCGAGGCGUCUAUCCCAAUUAAAGCAUUUGCCAGAAGAGGUGCUAUUAAACAACAGAAAGUACAUGAGAUCAAAGGUCAUCAAUUUAUUGCCAAAUUUUUUAGACAGCCAACUUUCUGCUCUCACUGUAAUCUUUUUUGUUGGGGCUUAAAUAAACAAGGUUAUCAGUGUAAAGUUUGCAAUUGUGCAGUUCACAAAAAAUGUCACGAAAAAAUCCUUGGACGAUGUCCUGGCAGUGCCAUCGACAGUCGAGAAACAAAGAUGUUAACAGAACGUUUCAACAUCAAUGUCCCCCAUCGUUUUAAAAUCAAUAAUUAUAUGUCACCCACAUUCUGUGAUCACUGUGGUACUAUGUUAUAUGGUUUAUUUAGGCAAGGAUUAAAAUGUGAAGUUUGCAACAUAAACUGCCAUCGAAGAUGUGAGAAAUUUAUGCCAAAUUUAUGUGGAGUAAAUCAGGUAUUACUGGCAGAAGCUUUAAAACAAGUCAAAAUAUCCUCCAGAAAAUCUAGUCAAGUUUCUCAACAAGAAAGUGAUGAGAGUUCAGAAGAUGAAAAUUAUCAAGAUUUACAGGAAGGUACUGGACCAACAAAACUAUCAACUUUAUCACAGGACACAUUAAAACACUUUAAAGCUGAAGAUUUUAAUUUCUUAAAGGUUCUUGGUAAAGGCAGCUUUGGGAAGGUAAUGUUGGCUGAAUUAAAAGGAUCUAGUAAUUAUUAUGCAAUCAAAGCUCUAAAGAAAGAGGUGGUACUAGAAGAUGAUGAUGUUGAAUGCACUUUAAUUGAAAGAAGAAUUUUGGCACUUGGUUGUAAACAUCCCUUCCUCACUCAUUUACACAGUACUUUCCAAUCACCGUCACAUUUAUUCUUUGUUAUGGAAUAUUUAAAUGGUGGAGAUCUAAUGUUCCACAUUCAAUUGACUGGCAAGUUUGACUAUAACAGAGCUCUAUUUUAUGCAGCUGAAAUAGUUUGUGGUCUACAGUUUUUACAUAGAAAUGGUGUUGUAUACAGGGAUCUGAAAUUAGAUAAUGUGUUAUUAGAUAAAGAUGGUCAUAUUAAAAUUGCUGAUUUUGGAAUGUGUAAAGAAAAUGUAUUUGAUGAAAAUAAAGCUUCAACUUUCUGUGGUACACCAGAUUAUAUUGCACCUGAGAUAUUGAAUGGGGCUAAAUAUAAUUCAUCGGUUGAUUUUUGGUCAUAUGGUGUUCUACUAUACGAAAUGUUGAUUGGUCAGUCUCCAUUCCACGGAGAUGAUGAAGAUGAUUUGUUCCAGUCCAUUCUAUAUGAUACUCCUCGUUAUCCUCAGUCAUUACCUAAAGAAGCAGCCAUUAUGCUUAGUUUGCUUUUUGAUAGAAAUCCAGUUACUAGGUUAGGUAUGCCUAGCUGUGCGCAGGGACCAAUCAGAUCCCAACCAUUUUUCCGCACCAUUGAUUGGGAAAAGUUAGAAAACCGUCAAAUUCCACCUCCAUAUCAACCUAAAAUUAAAUCAGCUAGUGAUAGUUCUAAUUUUGAUAUGGACUUUACUAUAGAGAAACCUCAGUUAACACCAACUCAAAGUGACCUUCUGAAAACACUGAACCAAGCUGUGUUUAAAAACUUUUCAUUCACAAGUAAAGAUGCUCUGCAAUCCUGAAGUUGUAGAAUGGCUAUUUACAUCAGACAGUACCAUAUUACGCAGCAGUGUCAAUCUACACUUAAAAUUACACCUCAGCCCUCACUAUGACAUACAGAAUUUUUUUAAUUCCAGUUUCUGUCACCAGCAUGCUGUACUUAAAAAUGUGGCACUGGUUUGUAAAAUGGGUUCUGUGAGGAUCCAGGUAUUUCCACUGUACUGAAUUUGUAGUGUAUUUCGGAAAUCAGUGUAAAUGAUACUUAAAACAUUUCUCUCAAAAGUAGGGCUGCAACGAUACACCAGGCCAUGAUACAAUGCGCAUCACAAUUCGUAGCUUACGAUAUGAUUAAUAUCGCGAUAUAGGAAAUGAAUUUUAAAAAUGCUGUUAAAUUUUGAAAGUCUUUCACUGUGAAUAUUCAAAGGCCUACAUUUAUGAUUUACUUUGAAUUUGGUGUUUUCUCGGUCAAGUGAAUGGAUUUUAUUACUGUCAUGCUUAACGGGAAAUUCUAAAAAUCCCAUACAUGUGACUUGUACUUGGAAUGGGGGACUUUGAUCUCAAUAUUGCUUUUGUCGAUAGUGCGACUUGAAUUUGGUGAAUUCAUCAUGAAAAGAUUUCUCGUGUCAGGUCAGUCAGAUUACUGAACAGCAAAGGAAAUAACGUUGCAAAGGUUUUAAUAUCAAAUAUCAAUAUACACUGAAAUGUGCUGAUCAAUGUAUGCAGUAUCUACAAAUCACGAUUCUCAUACAUAAUAUUAUGACAAAUCGCAUAUUACUGAUGUGUGUGUGUAUAUUUAUUAAUAUGUUGUAUGUUUUUUUCCGCAUAUUAUUCAGGUGUGUAAUUUGAUUUGAACGCAACUGAAUUUCCAGCACGACUUUGCUUAACCAAACUGAUAUUUUAAUCUUGACAAAAUAGCUAUAAUAAGCCACUUCAUGUGUCGAAAACGCCUUAACCCUAGCUGAAAGUAAAAAAAGUUAUUUUGUUCAUGGACUUACUUACGCAUUUUAAGGAAUAUCAGUCUAUUUUUGUGAAAUUAUUAUUUGGAUAACAAAACCGUGAUACGGACAUUGAUUAUAUCGUGUAUCGUGGAUUUUUAAAACAUCGCGGUUCAUCGUUGCAGCCCUACUCAAAAUUGUGAAAAAUCAUAUUAUUUCUUCAUCCAGAUGUACAGUUCUCCUUAAGCAAUUUUGAAGAAUUAUCAGAUGGAAAAAGCAAAAAAAAAAAAAGCAUUCAACAAGUUUGAUAAUAAUUAUGUGUAAAAUAAAAUUCUAUAUUCAGGAGAUCAUCUAAUAGAAUAGGCAGUCUGGGAUAUAGGUUUAAGAAAUGAGUUGUAGUUAACACAUGAAAUGACCUCUUUCAAAAUCUUUAUUAAAUUUGUUCAAUGGUGCAAAAUAAAACUGUCUCCAUAACUAAGGCAAAAACUGAUGACAUAACUAAGGCAGUAAUAUUCAAAUAAUUGGUAUAAUAUUGUAUAAGGUUUUUAUUAAAAUGUGUUGAAUAGAGUGAAUUUUAAAAUUGGAAAUAGUUUAGAACAAUAAUUGUUAGUUGGUUUAUUUAUUAACUUUCUGAAUAUACUUCAUGUCAUAUAAGCUUUAAAGAAUUAUCUUAGCCACAAUUAUGUGCAUUUUAAAGAAUUAUCAUAGCCACAGAUAUGUGCAUUUACUAUCAUUAAAAUUUAUACUACGGUAUCUCAUUGCCAAAUACAAUUACAGACAUAAAAUUCCAUUUAAACUAUAUAGUUAGUCAGUAUUUACAUAAAUAAAUUAGAAAAUCAGGGUAAACAAAAAAUCCUUAGUAAAUUGCUGUAAGGUGUAGAAUCUUCUUAAAGGAAAUAAAAAGAAACUGAAAUUAAAAACCCUACAUAAUUAUGAAAUCAAGUUUGUGCCACAAUAUAAACAAUCUGCAACACUUUGACUUUUUCCUUUAAUUGAAACUGAAUCCUACUGUAAUGACUUUUCAAUUUAAAGUAAACAUUUUGUAGCCUGUACUGCAAAUAAAAUUAAUAGAAAAGAAACCAUAUAGAAGUCAUUUAUAUUAAAUAAUCAUAAUAUUCCUGCCCGAAUGUAAAUAUUACUUAUCACACAUAUAAAUUAUGCAUAUUCAAAUCUUUCCCUUUAAUUCCAUAAUAGCAUGUAGUUUAUUUAUUAUGAAAGAAUGUGACUUUAAUAUCCCAAUUUUAUAUGAAAUGACCUGUUUCUUUUUAUUGCAGAAUUAUUUAUUUUUUAACGCAUAAUUAUUCAUGCUUAUAUGUGAAUAUAUAAUAAUAAAUGCAUGCAGAUGCUUAAUAGUAAUGUGCAUAAAGAUCAGAUAGCAUAUAUAUAAUCUGACAAUGCAGAAUUAUUUAUUUAAUUGAUGUUUUGUGUUUUUUAUCCCUCCCCUCUUCUUACUGUUUUAAAAUAUAUAUCAUUUUUUUUUAGUUUAUUCAAUGACAGAUUAGUAUUGGCGUCUGUCCUUGCCUUGAACUCUGCUGCUUCCAGACAAAACCAGUGAUAACAUUUUUAAGGUUACUUGAGGGCAGUCAUUCUGUUAUGUUUAAAAUCAAAUGAAUUUAGAAUUAAAGGAUUUUAUAUUGCUUCGUUAAUUACUGCUGCUUGUUGACAAUCGGGUUGUUGAUGUAUUUUUCAAAAUGCAUUUUAUUGCACAGUUGUCUUAAAAGAUUUAUUUGCUCUCAUUUCAUGCACUUACAUUUUGUAAUUAACAUGUCCCAAAUUCACAUUGAUUGACAACGAUUAAGACAAUCAAGAGCAUCAUUCAAUUCGAAAGUUUAGAGGAUUAGUCAAUCACUUCACACACAUAUGUGUUUGUUGAGGACUAUAGUACAUUCUAUUUUAUAAUACAUGUACUGUCAAAGUCUUAAAAAAAUAUUAUGAAAAGAAUCUUUACUAAUGCAUUGUUAUUAUUGUUUGUUAAGACUAUAUUUCAAAGUUAUUUCUAAGUGAUAUAAUCUUUUUUAUAUAAAAAAAUAUUUACUAUGUGUUAAUGUUAUUAAUAUAAAAUAUUAGUAACUAAGAGAGUUAAAAGUUAUGUGUUUAGGGACUGUACUGUUUUUUUCCUGUAAUAUGUUUGUUUUUUUAUUUUAAAAGCUUUAUCCAUUGCAAUCUAAAAUUUAACCCUGUACUUAACUUCUUGCCUAUUGAAUCUUGGCUUACUAAUACAUUGUUUUUAUUAGUUGUUAAUUAUAAUCUUUUUUUAUAAAAUAUUUUUACGAUAUGUUAAUGUUAUUAAUAUAAAAUUUAAGUAACUAAUUAAAGAUUAAAAGCUUUUAAAUUAUAUGUUUUUCCUUUUUCGCUAUUAAAAUAUUACUCUCCUUAAAAGUAUGGUUAUCAUCCAUUUCAAACUAAAUUUGAACCCCUUACUUAACUUCUUGCCUGUUGAAUAUUUAAGGCCAAUUUGUUUUGUUAACAUGCACCAUAUUAUAUCUGUAUUGGUUUAUUAUUGUUUUUCACUUUUCAUACCAUAUUCUUACUCUUAGAAUAUGAAAGUGCUCUGCUUGUCUGAAGUAUUCUUUAACUCACAAGGCAGGAUAUGCUUACUUUUAUUGAACACCUCAUACCACUUCUCAUUGAUUUGUAGACUCACUCAGUAAAUAUAGACUAUUCCUUGCAUAUCUACAAAAUAUCAAUGAUAUAAACAGAACCACAAUUUAAAUUUUCUAUAUCGUAAAAUAUUUCUUUCCAGGAUUGAAGAUAAAAAAAAAUUGUCUUUAGAUAGUCAAAACUACAUUGUGCUACAGUAUAAUUAUUGAUUUAAAGUCAAAUGGACACUAAAUUUAAAGAGAAAAAUAACUGGGCUUGCUUUUUGGUCACGAUUUUCAAGUUGUAAAUAUCUGUGACAGUGUUUCUUAAACAGGCAUUAUGCAAGAGCUAAAUCUGCCUAUUACAGGUCUUUAUUUAGGCUUUAAAUGUUAUAUAAACUAUUAGACAUUUAUUAACAUAAGACCAUAAUCAAGUCAUGAUGCCAUUGGAUAGUUCGAUUUUAAGUAGAUUAGAACGGUUCAACCAUUUAAUGAUUUAAUCUAAAGAUGGUGAAGUGAGGCUAAGCUUCAAACAAGCAGUACAGUGGUUACAUUCAGUGCACACAAUGAAUUUUCAAUAUAUUCAUUUUGCAUUAUCUAUUUUUGAACUGUUACAGCAAGAAGGCCAGCUCUUUAUCUAAAUCUAACAUAAUGUAUCUUUAAUACAGAUAUAUCUUAACUUUAUUAUCAAUACCACAGAUAUAUGUUUAUAAUUUAUGUAUAAAUGAUCCUUUUACAAGAUCCUACCCCAUAAUUCUUACCUUGUUUGCUAUAUUACUGUUGUAGAUUUUAGUAUUUCUCUUGUUAUUUGAUAGUUAUUAUAAAUGUAUAUUUGAUUAUUAUUUCAAAUGAGAAUUCAGAGAAUAAAACAAUUUUAUCAUGAUA